AUGGCGACACCAACGGCCCAGUCCGGCAACGCGACACCCGCAUGCGAGCUGGAUCCCGAAGAGACCAAAAAGAGCCUCAAUGUGUCACUUGCCGACCUCUGCGCCAAGGCGACCGCACUGUAUGCCAAAAAGAAGUAUGAAGAAGCUGCGGAAGUUUUUGCCCAGGCCGCUGAAAUGCAGGCUGAGAUGAAUGGAGAGAUGAACCCCGAGAACGCCGAGAUCCUGUUCCUUUACGGUCGCGCUCUCUUCAAAGUUGGCCAGGCCAAGAGCGACGUUUUGGGCGGAAAAGCUCCCGAUGCAAAGAAGCCAGUUUCGAAGGCCAAGCCCGAGAAGCAGACAGGGUCAUAUGCUGCCGCGGAGAGCAGCAAAGCAGCAGAGAAGAAGCAGAACGGCGGCUCUGCUACUGCAGAGGUUCCAGCAGCUAAGAAGGGGCUUUUCCAGUUUGAGGGUGAUCAAGACUUCGAUGACUCCGAAGAAGACGAAGAGGAAGGUGACGAGGAGGAGGAAGAGGAGGAGGAUGACCUUGCCGUCGCCUUUGAGGUUCUUGACCUGGCGCGCGUACUGCUCAACAAGAAGCUCGAGGCUCUCCAGGCCGAGCAAGCAACAAAAGAAAUAGAAGCCCAGGAGCAAGCAGGCAAGGGCAAGGAAGUGGCCGUUGAGAUCACAGAAACCCCCGGUGAGACUCUGGCGUCGGAGCCGGCCACAAUUAGGCAUAUCAAGGAGCGCCUCGCGGAUACACACGACCUCCUGGCUGAAAUUUCGCUCGAGAAUGAAAGGUAUCAUAAUGCGAUUACCGACUCGCGCGCCUCGCUGAAGUACAAGCAAGAGCUCUACCCCUUUGAAUCCGAGAUCAUUGCCGAGGCGCACUUCAAGCUGUCCCUUGCCCUCGAGUUCGCCUCGGUGACUAAGAACCCCGACGACGAAGCGUCUUCUUCCAGCGCAGCCGUCCAGAAACAAGGCUACGACCCUGCGCUCCGCGCUGAGGCAGCUGCCGAACUCGAGAAGGCCAUCGAGAGCACCAAGCUCAAGCUCCAGAACAAGGAGGUCGAGCUGGCGACGCUGCAUAACCCGGAAGACAAUGAGACCACCCGGCGCCAGAUCGCCGAUGUGAAGGAGGUGUUGGCUGAUAUGGAACAGCGCCUGAUCGAUUUGAAGAAACCCCCGAUCGAUCUUAAUGCUGCGCUAGGCAUGCCUCCUGCCGGCUCAUCCUCAUCGGUCACCAAGGUGUCAGAGGACGUGGCCAAGAAUGCAACGGACCUCACUGGAUUGGUAAGGAAGAAGAACAAGCGCAAGGCCGAGGAACCGGAAGAAACAGUGGCAGCUGCUGAAGGGAUUGAGGCCAAGAAGCCGAGGGAAGAGGCGAGCUGA